AUGGCAGAAACAAUACCAGCUGCAAAUGGAAUUCCAAACUCCACAACAAUGUCAAAGUUAGAUUCAACCACGCAUAUCCCAAUCGCGCAGCUUACGCCAUUACUUCCAGCAUCAGCUUCGAGAUCAGUUAAAGCGGUAGUGACUCUCACAUGGCCAUAUAGUUCCCGCACGGGUUCUGUCGCUUUCUUACUUGCUGAACCCGAUUUCCGCUUGCGCAGAAUCAGAGGCCAAGUGCGCGUACAAUUUUCAGGAUCAUCUGCGAAUGCUAUUGCGAAGUCUGGUAUCACUAGCGGUGAUGAAGUGAUAUUAUGUUUAGAUGGAGUGGAAUAUGUGGGAACUGAAGCUCCAAGUGCGACACCUGGAAGGGGUGUGGAGUUUGAAUUGAAGUUCACGGACAAACUGCUACUUCAGUUUCGCCCAGAAGAUUGCCAAGAUGUCAAGCUUAUCAGCAUCGAAAACCCCGAUCCCGAAGUUGUUCAGACAAAUGCCUCCCCGCCCCCGCCCACCCCAGCGACAGAUCUAGAGACCGAAAACCAAGUCCCGGAAAUCCCAGCAACGCCUGUCUCAUUUUUCAAGCAAUUGGCUUCACAGAAUGUAGAGGAGUACUCCUCUCCGGCUUUCCUGAAACGUGAGCGAAUAUCAUACGGUUCAAUGUUCGAAGAAGGCUACGACCCAUUUGAGGUUGAAGAUGGGUCAGUCCGUGGUAAAGGUAGGAAGAGAACUAGACUCAGUACAUCAUGGCGAUUUGCGAGCAGGUCACCAAGUCCCAGUCCAGAGGUCGAAGAGCCGGUAGCAGCAUCCUCUGAAAAUGGUAUUGAGGAGCCAGUAAACCAACAUGCGCCAUCAAUGACGGAUGAGGGUGUUCAAACUAUAGAGUUUGAAGCUGAGGUAAUCGCCGAAGCGACGCAAAAACUAGAACAAGAUUUGCCCAAAAUCACUGAGGAAGUGGAGGCAAAUGACACCGUAGAGGUUGUGCAUGUGGAAGCUCCAUUACAGGAAAUACCACAGGCCGAAGAUGGGAACACAAAUCCAAUGCCGCCUCCACAUAAAGCGACUGAUUUUUUCAUUCCAGACAUCGAGCCACGGGAAACAUCGUCCGAUAAACUAGAUGAAAAGUUACCUUCUUCCCCGCAACUACGACCUUUGCCAUCAGAAGGUCUUCCUUUAGUCUCUCCACUGGUAACAACCCGAGUUGAGAAGUUCAACAACUACGUACACAGUGAACACACUCAAAAUCUCGAAAUACUAAAUGCUCCAGAUGCGCUUCCAGUGGAGUCUGAUAAACAGAUGCCAGGUCACAGGAAAGAAGACGAAGUGUAUGAUGCAAGUCCUCUGCAUCACACAAACGGUCAGUCGAAGUCGGAUCAGACUACCUAUAAUACGUCAUCAAUUCUUUCUGGGGACCAGUAUGACCCUCUGAAUACUCAGAACACCUUCCCUCCUCACCAGCAACGUCAAAAUGGGACCGAGGACGGUGGUGAUCAAUUAUUUGCCCCGUACAAUGCUCCUGAGCCAGAAUCCUAUAUAUCAGCCGGCGUUUACGAAGAGAUACCGGAAGAACAAAGCCGAUUCGUUGCCCCUGAGAUGGAGGAGGGUCUGGAUCAAUACAACUAUCCCGAUCCAGAGCAGACUUACACAGAACCAAACAAUUGGACCACUCAGCCUAGCAUGGCCUAUCCCGACUUCGGAGACAGUCAACAACAAACUGCCGAUUUAUACCCUCAACUCCCCUCCACGACAUCUAUGGUUCGGUCCCAAAGCGAUCAAUCUCGUCAAUCCAGUCACAACCAUCAAUCGCAUCACUCUCCCCCAUCUAAAGUUGUAGACUUGACCGAGAGUAGUGAUGAGGAUGAGGAUGAGGAUGCUGAGGGAUUUCUUGAAGUAGAAGAUAAUAGUGAGCAGCAGCUGCCCAACUCGGCUUUCCCAGUGGAGCAUGGCGAGCAAGGUAUUUACUAUGAUUUAAGGGAAGAAGAUGAAGACGAGGAAAUUAUUUACGAUGAUCAGAACGAAACAGAUGACUAUGGACUGGGCUACUUUGACGAAAAUGAUAAAAAUUUGGAUUCAAUGGGAAGAGUCAACUAUCCCGAAGAUUACGAAAACGGCAGUGAAGAGGAUACCGACGAAGAUAGCUACAGUGAGGAUGAGACGAGUAAUCAAGCGCCAGUACAGCAACAGCCCGAAGUAAUAGACCUUUUGUCCUCGGAUGAUGAAGAUGAGGAGCCAGCGGAAGCCCCAGUUGCUCAAAUCAGAAACAAUCUUAAGGUUGACGAGACAAUUGAAUCCGGGGAAGAGUCAGAGGAAUAUGAGGAUGACGGAGAGGAAGAAGAGGAUGAUGAAGAGGAAGAAGAGAAAGAGGGAGAUGCAGGUCUGGACAUUGUUGGCGAACAAGUUCAAAACGUUAGCAUCCGUUCAACAAAGUCCCAAGAAUUCGUGAGAGAGUCUUCGGAAGAGUCAGUUGAGGACGAGCCAAUGGCAAGUGCAAUAACGCUAGUCAAUGACCGCACCGAAUCCAUAAAACCCGAUGCAGAAAUGCCCGAGAAUGUAUUGAAUAAAUUGGGCUCUGGUCUUGACGCGCAAAUGGAUGUAGAUGAAAGCGUGCUUGCGCCAGAGGGCGCAAAGCAAUCUCCAUCACAAGAAAAUCUCGAGGAUGAGAAUGCUAUCGAACUAGAUUCUACUGAGCCUAUGGACAUCGAGACCAAUGUAACCAAUCCAUCUGCUACCAUUGACAAGAUGGAUGUCGAUAAUACUACAGACAAUCUCGAUGGUUUACUCGAAAAGCUAGAGGAGGUGGGUUCAGAAAAACAAUUGAAACAGGGUUCUGCAAAUACCGACGGCGAUGUACCCCAGAGCGAUGAUGAAAUCUUCAAGAACGGCGUCGAGAAUGUUGAAAAUGAGGAUAUUGACCAAAAUUCGAAUGAAGCAAAUGCUGAGGAGACUUCUUCGCAAGGACCCGAGCCAAUCGAAAUGACGGAUGAUAUACGAACAGCGACCGAAACUGUACCUGACCCUAUACUGGCCGGUGGCAAUGCAGAUACUAUGAGUGUUGCACUCGAACAUGUCCUACCAUCACCAAUCACUUUAGAGAAUUCCAAUGUUUCAACAGUCCCCAUUUCCACAGAUCAAAGCAUUAAGGAUCGAGCUGCCAAGUCUGGUUGGGCAAGGUCUCCUAAAGGGGCUACCCUGUUCUCGAGAACUUUUGGUAUAGAUGGUGCAAACGAUACGAGCGAUGCAAAUGAUACCAGUGAUGCGAAUGAUACGGGUGAUGAGGGCGACAAAGACAAUAAAGGUCUAAUCUCUUCUCCUGCGGUGCCAACAACUGAAUUGGAAGAUAAACCAGAGUUGAUUGAUGAAUCAGACCAAAUGUCACAGUCCCAAAGCACUACUAAUGCCAUCGAUACCACCACAGAUCAUCAGAAUUAUCAGCUUCCAACACCUGACGAUACUCAAAAGCAGAACAUUGAUGAGAACAUUGAUGAGAAUAUUGAUGAGAACAUUGAUGAGAACAUUGAUGGGGACGAUGAUGAGGACGGAUUAACUUCGAUGUCAGAUCUACUUCAACUUCAGUUACAAGAAGAGAUGGGAGAGAUGGACGAAGAUAUGGAUAUGAUGAAAACUGAUGCACGCAUUGAAAAGGAUCCAUCACCGGACUUACUUGAGAAUGAAGACCUAAAUUCUUCUCAAGAGAAGCCUGACACGAAUUUGAAUGUAGCUUCAGACACGGGUGCGAUAGAUGAAGACGAUGAAAUGGUUGAUCCCGAGUCCGAAGACAUAGAGAUUCAAUUUAAUAAGACAGAAAUACUUGAGCUCAAAGAGUCUGAAACUACUGAAACCGAAGUCAGGCAGGUCAGCGAAGAGAUUAUCGAGGACGAUAUAGCUGGGAGAGCGGAGGAAGACGAUGUUGAAGUAAAUGAAGGAGAAAAAUUCGAAGAGAUCGAAUCAAUUGUUGAUGAAGAUGAAGAGGCCGGGGAGAAAUAUUUGGAGAUGCGUCAAGGUGGAGUGUUUGUAGAGGGAGUUUCGGAUGUUGACGAAGAUGAGGUAUUCAGGGAGGGCACUUCAGAUGUUGAUGAGGAUGAGGUGUUUAGGGAGGGCGUUUCGGAUGUUGAAGAUGAAGAAUCUGAAGAGGGAGAUGGAGAGGGAGAGGCGGAGAUUGAACAAAUCGAAAUCAAAGUCAGGGAAGCCGAAACGACGGAGUUCGAAACUCAACAGACUCUUGCAAAGUUGGCCGAAAACAGCAGUUUUGAGAAAGACUUGAAGAAUUUCGAGAUCACGGAAGAGUAUAUUGAGCAAACAAUUGAGGAGACUGAAGCUGUCGCCGAUGAAACCGAAGCCUUUGUGUCGGAGAAAUUCAGACGAGCACUUCCUAAUUCUUUAUCUCCCUUAAGAAGUCGUAGCCGCAAAGAAUCUACACCUGAAUCUAGGAAAAGCAAAAAAGAAUCAACCCCAGUCAGCCCUAGACAAACCCGGUCCAGCAAAGAUCUUUCGCCUUCGCCUGAUUUCAAGAGGAGUAGGAAAGGAUCAGCGACUGUAAGUCCUAGACAAACACGAUCUAAAAAGUUGGAGCCAGUUGUGGAGGCUGUCCCUACUGUAACGCCAACAAAAUCCAACAAAGAGAGUGAGAGGCAAUCUACACAUGGUAGCAAUCAGUCUAAAAGGUCGCCAUCUCUAGUUCUCGAUGAAGAGAAAACACUAAAAGGUCCGGAUACAAGCGCUGAAAUGGCAAUACUCGGAUUACCCGAAUCGCCUACAAAAGCCGGCCAUCACCUAAGAGCACCAGCGACUACCGAUCCGAAACUCCGUUUGACUAAAUAUCUUCGUACUGAUUUGAGUGAAUAUACAACUCUCAAAAUGCUUCGUUUCAAAAUGAACUCUAAACUGGAUAUUUUGGCAAUCGCUACGAGUGUACCUACCGAACCUCAAAGAGCAAAGUCAGGGCCAAGACACUACACUAGCACCUUCACCAUUACCGAUCAAACUAUAGCUCCUUCCGGCGUAGUGGAAGUAAAAAUCUUCCGUCCAUACAGAGAUGCCCUUCCCACACCUGAAAUUGGAGAUGGUAUAUUACUGAGAGACUUCAGCGUCUUAUCGGUUAAAGGGAGAGGUUUCACAUUGAAAUCUGAAGAAGAAAGUAGUUGGGCAGUGUUCAAGGAUGAGGGUACAGAAAUAGAAGUUCGGGGACCUCCUGUUGAAUAUGGCCAUGGAGAAAAGAAACACAUGAAGGAAUUAAGAGAAUGGUUUCACACACUCGACGAUCGUCAAAAGACGAAAUUAGAAAAGGUUAGUGCAGCGAUGGAGAAGGAUCCUCAGGGAAAGAGUGCCACGGAAAAGGGAAAGAAGUGA